AUGGACCCAAAGGAAACAGCACACGUGGUUUUCAUCGACUCGUUACCUACCCUUCUGGACAUGCUCAAGAAUCUUAUUGCCCCUCAUGCAAAGCAGCCCGACUUGUUCUUUGACCUUGAAGGCAUCAAUCUUGGCCGUUCAGGGACGAUUUCGAUCUGUACGAUCUAUGUCAGGUCUCGCGACACUGCCUUCCUUGUUGACGUGGAGGCUUUGGGAGGUUCGGCUUUCGACACCAAACACCCAAAUGGAUGGUCUUUGCGAUCGGUUUUUGAGUGUCCGAAUAUUGCGAAAGCCGUGUUCGACAUUCGAAAUGACUCAGAUGCACUUUACAGUCUCUUCCAAAUCUCAGUCUCAGACAUCGAAGACAUUCAGCUGAUGGAGUUGGGCGCACGAAAAGGGAGCAAGAAGUACGUCGCAAGUCUCAAAAAGUGUGUACAACAAGAGUGCCCAGAUGAUGUGCAUGUUGCGUGGACCCAGACAAAAGAUACGGUUACAAGUCUGUUCGACGCAGUACAGGGUGGAGGAUACGAAAUAUUCAGCAAGCGACCACUUGAACCUCACGUUUUGGAAUAUUUGAAACAUGCAACAACCGAGCGCAUCAAGCUCUCACAGAGUGUUGCUUACAACGGUCAUAGUAAGAGCCAAGCUGCGGGGCCAUGGAGUGAAGCAUACAUCGAGGAAGCAAUGGACCAGUGGAAUGAUGAUAUCCUUACGGAUGAUUCGGGCGACGGCUUCGAUGAUUGGGACGACGGAGACACUGCACGUGAUUGCAUGGGCUGGGAGGAAGACAUGAUCAAGAAUGGUGAACCAUUUUAA